CCCUCAGCCCCGCGCCUGUCUGGCUUGUAAUCCGCAGACAAGAAAAAAGCAGGCAAAUUCCAGCCUUUCAAGAAGCUCUUCGGCAAGAGGAAGAAAAGAGAGCCUGUGUCAGACUGUGAGGAAGCCAAACUGAAGCCCAGCCACUCCUUCGGCAACGUCUGCAACGGCACCUUCUCCUCCGAUGAAGAGCCAAACGGUGGUCUGAGGUCCUCCCAUUACUCUAUGGGCAGUCGAGCUUUUUCCCAUGACAGUAUUUUUAUACCUGAUGGGAGAACAGAGAGUGAACAGGCCAUCCAAGCAAUGUCACAGGAGAACGUUUUAGGAAAAGUCAAAACUCUUCAGCAACAGUUGGCCAAGAAUAUAAAAUUUGGGCAGCCUCCACAAAUGACAAUUUCCGUGAGGACAAUGGGGGAGGCAAACACUAGUAUAGAAGAGGAUGUGUUGCUCAGUAGCCCCAUGGAGAUUGAGACUCAGCAGGAUACAGCAAUCUCAGACAGUGGUAUUAAAUCCACUGAGACUUCGAAUUUGUUGAGAACAAUGGAUUUGCCUGGAAUAGGACGUGAAGUGGAAGAAAAGGUCACUCCAGUCAAGUCGCUUCGGCCAAAAAGACAAUUUUCCUGUUCUGGCACAAUUGAAACAAUCAAUUUGGAUGCAGUUCCCCAGGCCGUUGCUCGUCUAGACAACAGUGCAGCUAAACACAAGCUGUCAGUGAAGCCAAAAAAGCAGAGGGUGUCAAGAAAGCACAAGAGAUUAACAAAGGGAUCACAAAGUUUAACAAUAACAGAAUUUGAGCCAGACGACCUAGAAACUCAACUGUAUGGAGACAGAUACCCAGGUUAUAAUGGACACAUCAUAGCAGACAAGCUAAUCCAGAACAGAGAUAAGCAGAAGCAGCUUCAGCUGGAAGAGGAGAAAAGAAUUGAGGAUCACUGGGGUAUUGUUGAGGCUGAAAGGAUAAGGCAAAUUGUAGAAAUGGAGGAACAAAGAGAAAUGGAAGAAAAAAGGUGCCAAGAGCUUGAGCAGAUGCAGAAAGAGCAGGAGAGAAGGCAUUGUGAAGAAGAGAGGAGGCAGUAUCUCCUUGAAGAAGAGACAUCUUUGAAAACAGAAGAGCAAACAUGCCAUGAAGAGGACAGAAGACUGCUGGAGGCUGAAAAGAGGCAAGAGCUGGAGGAGCAGAGGCGCCAGGAACUGGAGAAGCAGAAGCAGAAGGACUUGGAGGAGCAACAGAGACAAGAGCUGGAGGAGCAGAAGCUCCAGCAACAGGAGGAGCAACAGAGACAUGAGAUGGAAGAAGAGCAACAGAGACAAGAGCUGGAGGAGCAGAAGCUCCAGGAACUGGAUGAGCGACAGAGACGACAGCUGGAGGAGCAGAAGCUCCAGGAACGGGAGGAGCAACAGAGACGAGAGCUGGAGGAGCAGAAACUCCAGGAACAGCAGGAACAGCAGAAGCUCCAGGAACAGCAGGAGCAACAGAGACGAGAGCUGGAGGAGCAGAAGCUCCAGGAACUGGAGGAGCGACAGGGACAAGAGCUGGAGGAGCAGAAGCUCCAGGAACAGCAGGAGCAACAGAGACGAGAGCUGGAGGAGCAGAAGCUCCAGGAACGGGAGGAGCAACAGAGACAAGAGAUGGAAUUGUGUUUUGGAGGGGCUGAUACGCAUCUGGUAGAGGAGAAACUCCAAGAAGGAUCAAGAUCCCAAAAACUCAAACAGCCAGAAAAAGGUAGUAGAACAGCAGAAGAAGUCCUAGCCCAGAAACUGAAGAGAGAAGUUGAGGCUCAGGAACAAAAGCGAAUAGGGGAAGAACUUCGUUGGCAAGAGGUAGAUGAAAGACAAACUGCAUCCAGACCCUUCACAUUUCAGGUGUCUUCUGGAGAUAAACAGAUCAUAUUUCAGAAAGUAAAUCUGAGUCCAGUCAUGCCUGUCAAAGGAGCAGGACUCUCUUCUCCAUCUGUCAAAGACUCCAGGAUGCACACUGCCAGCAAGGGCUCUCAUACUCUUCCAUCAUCUGUGUGUGUACCCCAUACAGCUAUUUUGGUUACUGGAGCACAGCUGUGUGGCACAGCAGUUAACUUGAACCAGAUAAAGGACACGGCUUGUAAAUCAUUGCUUGGCUUAACAGAAGAGAGAAAAACUGUGGAUAUUCCUUCACCAGAGAAGGCCCAGAAAAAGACGCAGGAUCCCAAACCCAGCAGCACUAAAAUGAAAUAUGCACAAGAGUCAUUGAACAACCAGGCCGUACUAGCUGAGUGGGCCUCUAUCCGCUCCAGAAUCCUAAAGAAUGCAGAAAACAGCAAAUAUAAUGAGAGAGACCGAGUAAGUGUCUGCAGACACAGUGACGACUGGACACCCCGAGGACGGGGUGCUCCCCAUGGCAACUUGAGGAAAACCCUCUCUGCAAAUGCAAAGUUCUCGAUAACACCAGCAUGGCAGAAAUUUUCAGAAGCUUCAAAAAACAAUUCAGAUGCUGAGAAUGUCAGUGCAGCAAAAGGCAAUGAAACAGUCACUGUGGGAAGAAUCACUGGUUCAUGCGCUGAUUCGAAGAAGGAUGUGGCUCCCACUUCUAAGGAUAACUUAGCUGAAAAGGCUGAGAAGAAAAUGGAAACCCAUAGUGAAAUGACAGACAACACAGAAGGCUGUAAAUUUGCAAAAGAUCUUCCAUCUUUCCUUGUUCCAAGUUUUCCUCAUUCUCCGGGUAAAGAAUUAGCCCAGGCAGAACUUCCCGGUGCUGUGGAGAAUCAGCAGAACAAUAGCACGAAAAAAGCAGAUAAACCAGCACCAAACGGAGAAGAAAAUGUUUCUCCUUUUGGGAUAAAGUUACGAAGGACAAACUACUCUUUACGUUUCCAUUAUGACCAACAGGCAGAGCAAAGGAAAAAGAAAAGAUACAGUGCAGGAGAUAGUUUUGAUGGUGUGCCUGACCCACUAGUUACAACAGAAGGUGAGAAAGAAUCCGCUGUUUUUGCUCCACAAGAGAGUGCAUCCCCUGGCAUGGGGAGAGUGAAUGUCCCUUGUAAUUUAAAAGACUCCAAAGACUCUUCAGUUAAUGUGGUGGAGAUCCCACAACUAGUGGGCACACCAGUGGUCCUACCAGCCACCGGCCAGAGUGCUUUACCCCCUCAUGAGAAACCAGCAUGCAAGUCACUGGUCCCACAGAAACCUGCUUUAGCUCCAAAGCCCACCAGUCAGACACCACCGUCGUCUCCUCUCUCUAAAAUUAACAGAUCAAACCUAGCCGAUACAUUAGGGCAAAGGUUGGUUAAAGCUGAAUCAGAUGGUGGCUGGAGAAAAGAAGACAGAGCAAAUGCAGUGCACCCCACACCAUCCAAUGAGUUCAAAAAUGAAGAGGAAGAAAUCAGAGAAAAGAAGUCGUUUUUCCCAUCUAUAAGUAUUCCUUGGAGAGAAAAAAAUGACAAAAAGCCUGAGCCAGUGAAGAAAGAAAAGCCCGUCCUUCAGAGCAGGCACUCUUUAGAUGGCUCUAAAUUGAUGGAAAAAGUUGAAACUUCACAACCCCUUUGGAUUACAUUAGCACUGCAAAAGCAAAAGGGAUUUCGUGAGCAGCAAGCUACGAGGGAAGAGAGGAGACAAGCCAGAGAGGCGAAGCAAGCAGAGAAGCUGGCUAAGGAAAAUGCUGCUGUAAGUAAUCAGUCAGAUAAAACAGGCAGCAGCAAAACAAGCACACUGCAGAAAUCUACACCUCAAGAAGGGGAGAAGAAAAUUGAGACUGCUGCGUCAAGACUAGAAAGAAGGGAGCAGCUAAAAAAGUCAAACACCCUUCCAACUUCUGUGACAGUGGAAAUUUCAGAUUCUGUUCCGUCAACCCCACUGGCAAAGGAGGUGGCCAAGAGAUUCUCUACGCCCGAUGCUAAUCCUGUGUCAACAGAACCAGCCUGGCUUGCAUUAGCUAAGAGGAAAGCAAAAGCCUGGAGUGACUGCCCACAGAUCAUAAAGUAAACUGUAAAAUUACAUCUCUAUUGCUAUUCCUUGCUUUCUUUUUAUUUAUUCAGCUUUCCACACAUGACAAAACUGAAAAUGCAUGUCUUAAAGGACUGAAAACUGAACUGAUUACCAUUUUGCUCUAGCUCAUUGUAAAGUCUACUGAAGUCAUAUAUUCCAUUGCUUUGACAAAUGGCUAAAUGAGGUCACGUCAAAAAUUUCAGGGCCAGAUUCUCUCAAAAAUUUAAGAAUGCUUAGAUACUGGAUGUGAAUUUUAGUGAGUAUCAUAAUAAGGGCCAGAACAUCAGUUCAGAAGCUCCUUAAAUUCUGUGGGUAUUUGGUUCUGGAAUUUUAGAUCUCUACACUUAAGUGGAGAUCUCAGAAACUUUUUUCAACACUCCAUUGUUGAAAAUUAAGGAAAGAUGCAUGUUCCCUUCUCUUAUUCCUGAUUUUUUUAAAGUGUUAAAACUGUAUGAACUGUCAGUUCUACCUGCUAUUUGAAAGCUUCUUCCCUAA